AUGACUAAAGAACAAUAUCAUUCAGAUUUUGAAAUGGGAAGUGAUACAGAUGAGUCAGAUGAUAAUUCCAUUGAUCAUGAAGAUUUUUAUCGACCUAAAAACAGAGAACCUAUUGAUAAUACAGAAGUAAAAUUGACAUUAAUGCAAAGAGCACGUAGACGUCCAGGUGAGUAUUCUACUUAUUCAUUAUUAUAA